AGAGAAUCAAGAGGAUGUACAUGGUUGGAAGCACCUCUUCGCUCAGACGCAUCCGACUCCAUGUUGUGAAUGGAAUGUCCGUUGCAAUCUUCAAUGUGGCACGUUCCGUUUCCAGUGGCUGAAAAGAGGCCCAUCUCUCGUUCCCUACGUUCCAUACGUUUCCUACCUGAUCCUCAAUGGAAUCCCAGUGCAAAGGUCGCUGGGGCGGCUUGCCCGCAGUUGAUCACGUCAAUAUUCUCUGGGCGCUGUGGGCGCUGCUUGGCCUCUGCUCCUGUGGUGGCCAUCCUCGCCCGGUCGACACGACCGCGGCUGAAGCGGCCACUGGUGGUGUGCAAUGUGGCCCGACAUGAGGACAUGGAGUACAUGGACUUUUCCCCAUUGCCAGCUCCAGAGAAGUCCUGGGCUCUGGUGACGGGUGCAGCCACAGGACUGGGAAUGAAGUUGGCCCGGGCCUCCGCCCGCGCCGGCUAUGGGCUGAUCCUCACCGAUCAGGCAGCGAGUCUGCCUAGACUGGAGAGCGAUCUCGAGGAUCUCAAAAUCCCUUCGAGCCGAGUCCUGAAAAUGCCAAUGAACUUGGCGGAUCCCUCCGAAGGUGUUGCUCUGCUUCAUAGUCAGAUCAGGGAAGAAGAUUUGGACGUCUGCAUCCUGAUGGUGUGCUCAGAUCAAUACUCCUACACAGGCAACUUUUUGGACCAACGAGUUGACAAUCUGGACAAGAUGUUGGCCUUGAAUGUCGGUGCCACCACCGUCUUGUGCCGACUCUUUGGCGAGGACAUGCAGCGGGCCGGUCGCGGUCGGAUCUUGUUGAUCGGAGCCCCACCGGGCGCGUCCUUGGGCGUUGCGGGCGCCUGUGCCUUCGCCGGUUCCAUGGCCUUCAUCCGGACCUUGUCGAAUGGGCUCCGAAAGGAGUUUGCGGACACCGGUGUGGGCAUCUCCUGCAUGGAAACCUCCACCUUGGGCCGUGAUGGAUCUUUAACUCAAGCCUUGGAGUCGACCUGUGUUGGCUUCUUGGUGAAAGAAGGGUUGCGAGAUGAAGCUGUGGAAGAAUCACCAAGUUCUUCCAGUCCACCUCAAUUGGAGGAAUCUUCUGAGGACAUUGACCAGUCAUGGAAUGAGGAAUACUUGCGGCUCGCACAAGAGGAAAACUUUACUCCAUUGCCAUUUGCAGCGGAGAUCGACCGCUUUCAGCAUGCGCCACUAUCAGAAGCCACUAGUGCCCUUCUGGUAGGCUUUGCAUUGCUGAUCUACGUCUUUGCCCGCUCGCCCGGCGUGUCCGAGGGCACGAGCCGUGUGCUCGAUGCGUGUACCUCGGCAAUCAACGCCAUAUUCACCCUGGACUACUUGGGCCGCUGGUGGUGUCGGGGCCUCCGCUUCAGCUAUCUCUUCAAUCCCAUCAUGAUUGCUGAUUUGCUGAGUAUCUUGCCCUUCUUGCUGCGGCCUUGGGUUCCAGCUGUGGGUGAGUUGGAGCUCACCUUCCUCAAACUGAUCAGGGUGCAACGAAUCUAUCGCUUCUUCCGGCCAAAGGCCUUCAAAAGCUUCCUUCGCAUUCUGCUUGGGCCCGAGGAGGCGCAGAAGUAUGAGAGCGGAGUCCGUGAAGUGCGUCCCUAUCAGCUGCAGGUCCUGCGCACCUUUGGGGUGGUCUUCACCUUGCUCUUCAUCACGGCCGCGCUAUUCUACGAGGCUGAGCAAGAGGAGAAUGCACAGUUUGGUGACAUUUUCUCUUCCUUCUACUUCAGCACCAUCGCCCUCUCCACGGUCGGCUUUGGGGACAUUGCCCCGCUGACGCCCCAGGGCCGCACAGUCAUCACUGUAUCUGUGAUCGUGGGCCUUUGCUUGAUCCCCUCAGAGGCUUCACUGGUGGCCGCGGCCAUUUCGGAGGAGCAGCGCUUGCUGGAUGAGAAGGAGGCAGAGAUCGAACUGGCGGAAGCGGAACGAGCCGAAGCACAGCUAGCCUGGGGCGCGGCUCGGAUUGCGGAGCUGGAAGAUUUGACCAGGGAAGAGAGAGCCCGCGUUGACGAGCUGGAGGAGCAGGCAAAGUCUUGGAGCCAAGAUCGCAAUCAGUCGGCCGUGUCAAGCGAAUCCCGAUGAGGGAUGGACUUGAUGCAGAGCGCCGGAGUGAACAAAGAGAACAC